CUCUCACACGGACACCGCAACACUCUUUUAAAUCAAAAAAUUAUAAUAUUGUAUCUCCUCCUUUCGUGUGUGAGAGCUUUUUUUUUUUAGAGAGAGAGACAAUGGACGGACUGAUCAGAGGUUUAGUCGACGUGGCUAUCGGAGGUAACGAGCGUCGCGGCGGAGACGGUGGUCGUCGUGAUGAUGAAGACAACUCCAGGGACGAGAGAUCCAGAUCUAGCUGGGCUGAUGUGGUUUCUGGUGAGGAGGAGGAUCAGAAUCGCGCGGGAGGAGGCUCGUCUCAGCCUUCCCACGGUCGACGCCAGAAUGUAGAGGAGAAUCAAUGGGAGAAGAAGGGAGAAAGGAUUCCCACAAGGCAUUCACAUCAGGAGGAACAUGAAGAGAAUACGUAUGCAGCUAAAGUAACCGAGCAACAAGACUUCUCGGAGAGCAAGCAAGAGGACAAUGACGGUUGGGAAACUGUAGGGAAAAAGAAACCUGCAAGGCAAUCACAUAAGGUCCAGAAGGAGCAAUGGGGAGAUUACAAACGCCCAGCAAGUGAACAACACUACUCAGACGAUGUUGAAACUCAUGGAAAUCUAGAACCCUCUCAACUGGAGCUCUCAGGUCUCUCAGAAGCUUGCAACAAACUGUGGGACCUCGAUUCAAACCGCCUUGUUCCCGGAAACGAUUAUCAAAUUGACUGCGGAGAUGGGAAAAGGGUUCAUGAGAGAGCCGAUAUGGCUGAAGGAUUACUGUUCUCUUGGGUGAGCGAUGAAGUCUUUAGAAAACCGACUUUCGCCAGAUUCUGUUCGUUGCUUGACAACUAUAACCCAAAUGAAGGCUACAAAGAAGUAGUCACAGAAGAAGAGAGGCAAGAGCAAGCGGCUUUCAUUGAAGAAAUUAGCAGAACCGCUAUGAUCAAGUACCUUCACAAGUACCUCGUGCUCAAGGACGUUGCUCCAGGAAGCUACCAAGAGUUCAAGAGAAUGUUGACAAGUCUCUGGUUCGAUCUCUAUGGCCGUGGAGGUACCUCUGGCUCGUCUUCUGCGUUUGAGCAUGUCUUUGUAGGGGAGAUCAAACAAUCUGGUGGGGAACAGGUCUCCGGAUUCCAUAACUGGCUUCAGUUUUACUUGGAGGAAGCCAAAGGAACUGUAGACUAUCAAGGGUAUAUAUUUCCCCGACGUCGUGGUGAAAUUCCUGAUUCAGAGACUCAGCUGCUAACAAUCCAAUUCGAGUGGAACGGUGUUCUAAAAUCAGUCUCAAGUACGCUAGUAGGAGUAAGUCCAGAGUUCGAGUUAGCUCUAUACACAAUGUGUUUCUUCAUGGGCGGAGAAGAAAACCACAUUCAGUUGGGUCCAUACAAUGUCAAUGUCAAAUGCUACCGACUUGGCAACAACCGUAUCGGCUCAGCUUUCCCCAUUGCAGAAUGUUGAAACCUCUCUUGAUGGCUUAGAACAAAAUAUCUGCCCAAUACUGUAUUGAAUUAUUAUAAUUGUUGUCAGGUCUUUCUGUCUGCAUGUUGUAGACUUGAAAUAUCUUCCUGUGAUAUUUCCUUGGAUAUUUAUGGGAAACCAUGUGUUGUACUUUCUGAAAAUGAUACAAACAAAAGAAGAAAUGUGAGAGAAAAUAUCUUCCAAUAAUUUCUAUUUUGAA